AUGACGACAACAGCAAGUACAUCGUCAAAUUUACCUGAUAAAGAUCAAAUUCGUGUACAUGUUCGACGUGAUGGUUCAAUUGAAAGACAAAGAUUUAAUGGACGAGUUUGGAGACAAUUAUGUAAAUAUGAUGGUGGAGAAGAAUGUCAGGCAUUUGUUGCUUAUAGAAGUCUUUGUGUUGGACAUUAUCAUCAAAUAUCAGGUAUAACUGUUAAUGAAUCAAAACGUAGACAAUUAAUUCAACAAUCAGCAGCUGCUGCUGCAUCAUCAAAGGCAACAACAACAACAAUGAUACCAUCAAAACUUCGAUGUUCUAUUGAAACACCUUUAACUCUUGGUCUUAAAAAUUGGCGACGAAAAACAGCACAACCGAAUUCAUCAACAUCUAUAAACAAACGAUCGUCGCAAAUAUCUCUAGUCAAUAACAAUAGUAAUAAACGUCGAAAAUCAGAUGAAUGGGUUCUUCUUAAACGAUGUCGAUAUGAUUCAAGUCAAAAUAUACCACCUGUUCAAUCAAUUUUACCUAAUACAUCAACAACUCUAGAUGAAUCAACUGCAACAUCCGAUUCUAAUCAAGCAUGUUCAUCUGCUAGUUCAAUGGAUAGUCAUGCUGAUGAUUAUAUUUUGGCUCAAAAAUCAAUUUCAAUAACUGCAUCUCGUUUAACUGAUGAACAAAUGGAUCGUCUUGAUCAAUUUCUUCAACGUUUUAAUAUUCAUUAUUCGGAUGAAAUCGAUGAAAAAACAACACAUUUAAUAACUGAUGAUACAACAAUUCCAUUUAUAUGUGCUUUAUCAUCAAAAGUUGUUCAUGCAUUAGCACGUCAUUUAACUGUUUUAUCAAUACGUUGGAUUGAUGAAUGUCUUCAUUGUAAUAAACUUUUACUUGAUGAAUUAGCUUUACAAUUUGAAAUCCGUGGUGAUUUAACAUGCUCAACAAUGUAUCAUGGUGGUAUGCAACGUUCACGUCUUAUACCACGAAGACAUUCAUUAUUUUCUAAAUAUAUAUUUAUGCUUAAAUGUAAUGGUGUACAAAAUUUAAUGGAUAAUCAAGAAUUACGUACAUUAAUAACACUAUGUGGUGGUUAUACAUGUUCAUCAUUACGUACAGAUCAAGUAACACGAUGGACCGCACAAGGUAAAAUGAUUGUUGUUCUAUGUGAACAAUCAUAUGUUGAAGAACGUCAAGAUAAAUAUUGGAAAUGUGUUGAAUUAGGUAUAAGAUUUUGUUCGCCAGAAUUUAUUAUUGAAUCUAUAGCUCAAUAUCAAGUACAAGAUUAUGCUAUUUAUGAAGAAGAACCUCAACAAAAUGAAGAUGAUAAUGAUGAAGAAUAA